AUGACUAUUCCCUCCAAGGUAGAUCCUGGUAUAAAAACCAAUAUCUCAACAGUCCACGAGGAUAAACCAAACACUCCCCAAAAUGCAUCUCGACCACCCUUCUUCCGAAGCACACUCUUCCAAAUCCUCAUAGUCGGCCUCUGCGCCUUCUGUGCCCCGGGAAUAUGGAGUGCCAUGAACGGCCUCGGAGUAGGUGGGUCCCAAAGUCCCGACCUAGUCAACGCCGCGAACGCCCUGCUCUACGCCUUCAUGACCGUAACAUGUUUUGCGGGGCCGUGGAUUACCAACAUCAUCGGCUUUCGCUGGACUCUCGCCCUUGGGUCAAUUGGGUAUCCGCUGUACGCGGCAGGGUUAUACCUCAACAAUCGCACUGGUGCAACCUGGCUUGUGUACCUGGGCUCCGUGACAUGUGGUCUCAGCGCGGGGUUCUUCUGGAGUGUUGAAGGUGCUAUUGCAACUGGAUACCCUGAGCAACAUAAACGUGGUCGUUAUAUCGCGACGUGGUUUACGUUUCGUAACUUCGGCAAUAUCAUCGGUGGUGCUGUCUCUUUGGGUAUCAAUCAUAAGGUCAAUCAUCGUGGUAAAGUUGGAUAUCAGACAUAUCUUGCUUUCAUCGCGAUUCAAUGUUUAGGUCUUGUGUUUGGAUUGUUUCUCUCUAAUCCGGAGAAAGUGCAACGAGAUGAUGGCACCAAGAUGGAAGCCCCUCGUGGCAUUCAUUGGAAAGAGGAGGCUAAGACUAUGUGGCGAUUGCUGAGAAGCAAGUCCAUCCUACUUCUCGUGCCACUGUUCUGGUACUUUGGAUGGAUCCAAGCCUACCCCGGUACAUACCUUGCCACCUACUUCACCGUCCGAUCCCGAGCACUAGGAAGCUUCAUGUCCGCCGUAGUCGGUACCCUAGCAACCUGGCUCGGCGGCUCCCUCGUCGAUCUCCCAUGGCUUAAAAGUCGCAAGCACCGCGCCAUCAUCACGUUCACUCUCAUCGCGCUAUUGAACAGCGCAACGUGGAUAUGGGCAGUCAUCAUCCAAAACGAAUACCGACAUACCAACCCCGUCUUGGACUGGGGCGACCAACGUGCUUUCGGUCGUGGUUUCGGGCUCUACCUCUUCGAGCGGAUCAGUCUCGGCUUAGUCGAGAACUAUAUUUACUGGUGCAUCAGUAAUCUUUCGGACUCGCCAGGGGAUCAGAUUCGAUACAGUUCGCUGCUUCGGGGAAUCGAGACUGCGGGUGUUGCUGUGGGAUUUGGUGUCCAGGCUGUGCCUACCGCAUUGAUUGCGACGGCGAGCAUCAAUUUUGGGCUGUGGUUUUUGGCUUUGCCGUUUAGUUACUAUGCUACUUUGCAGGUUGUGCGUAAAUUUGAGAGGCUGGCACCAAAGUCUACUGGUUCGCAAAGCGAGGAAGAGGGUGUUGUGGCAGCCGUCGCUAAUUGA